AUGGCUGCCAUGACCAUUGACGGCGUAACCCCAGCUCCGCUCCGUCUGCAGCGAAAACCGGUAGCUGGCCCCGGUAUGUCUUCCGAGGGGCCGCCGGUUGCGCAGACACAGCAACCCCAAAGCCCGCCACCAACUCAUCCUCAAUCCGGGUAUUUUUCAAUGCCAACCCCAGCUCCAAGUCCGUACGUUGCAAACGCCCAAUCUCACCCCCCGCUACAACAACAAUACGGAUCCUAUUAUCCUCCUCAAUUCCCGGCGUCGCCUCCUCCGCAACAAUGGCAUGGAGGGCCAGCCUAUGCAGCGCCCAGUCAAGCAACCCCUCCUGCUCUUUACGAAAUUGAAAGCCCUCCUAGCAGCUCAUCUUAUCAAGCAUUCCCCGUGGCGGGUGUGGCGCCGUCGAUACCGCCUAAGCGACGCCCAGUGUCAGACCCGAAGCCCAGUCUCUCCGAAGAUUCCAAAGUUACUCACGCAGCUGAAUCGGACCCCCUUGUGAACUCAACCUCGGACCCUCCCAGCAAAUCACCCGAAGCCGAGCCUCAACAGGUCCCUGAUCAAGAUACACCUUCAGAUCCGGUUCUUAGCAUGGCGGAUAGUGAAGGCCUCAUAGUUGUGGAAAAGCCUCCGCCACCUGACCACGAAGGGCUCAUCCUAUCCGACGCGACUCCGGGCUCUAUCGCGAAUAACUCACAUCCUGGCCACACUCUUCAGUCACCCGAACACCCAGCUUCAGUCUCGCCAUACCCGGGACCCAUUGCGAACAUCGUACACCAAUGGCCGUGGCACCCGUCUCUGAACGGUCCUAAUUCCCAACAUGUUGCGCCACAGGAUCAGUCGUCCCCCUCACCUGCAUCUCCGGCCGUCAGCCUCCAUCUGCAACAAGGUACACCGGCAUCUCAUCCCACACCACCGCCUUAUCCUUUCCCAGCAACCGGUACACCCCCUCCGCCGCCUUUGGCGUCGCCAACAACAGGAAAUCCAAUCUCUCGGCCCCAUUCAACCACGUUCUCCACUGUCCACUCUCACUCACCCUCCCCCAGCCCUCAGGGGUCUCAAACUGGGGCGGCAGCAACCACAAGUCUUCCUCCACCUCCACCCCCCCAACAAGCUUCACAUGUGCCAGCUGCGCCAUCAUAUACACCAGCAGCUUUCCCAAGCAAGCCCAACACUUUUCCAAUCCCCGCUACUCCAUCUGGUCACGGCACGGCACCGGCGUCCCAUCCAUCAGCAAUUCCUUCCACGCCGUCCAUCACGGGCUCCCAACACAGUUUCUCGGCACCUCCGCAGCAAUCAGCGUCUAAGCCGGCCAGGCAUUCUGGGGCGAGCACGAGCUUCGGUGGAUUUGCUAACUCUGUCUUCAGCAAAGACACAGUCAAAUGGAGCAAGAAAACGGCGAGCCGGUUUGGCGGUGCCAUCAAGACGGCCGCAACCUCAGCUCACGCGGCCGCCACGAAUGCCCAAACCGCUGCUUCGCAAGCUGCUGCGUUGCAUAGGCAAAAGUCGUUUGCCGCUGCCCAGAUGAAAGCAUCCUCGGGAGGCCAGGGAGGGGCCACCCCUCAACCGACGACAGCGACGACGACGGGUGCGCCGAGCCAACCCUCUCCAAAUACUGCUAGGAUACCGGCUCCUGCUGCAACUCCUAGUCCUCCAGUUUAUGGCCCACAAGGAAGCAAUCCCGCUCAGGUGGGAAUGAACGCGGCACCAGGGGGGGUUGGGUACGCGGCACCGCAUAGUCAGGGGCCUCCCGUUUGGCCCUCCGGGAUCGCGGCUGGUGUAAACAUGGGAAGCCCUGGGAUACCUGCAGCAGCCAGCAUAGGGCCACAGCCAGGAGCGCCUCCUCCACCUUUCCAGCGCUCUAACCUUGGAGCCGCCGUCCCCGGCUACUACCCACAGCCCUUUGCCGGGCAGCCCCCCUAUCCCAAUCAACAGCAACAACAACCUUGGUUACCCAGUGCCCCUACCACUGGACAUCCAGGGAACGUAGCAAAUGCCCCCCCGGCACCUGGAGCUGCCACUACACCGGGAGGGCCUACAGCACAACCAUCCCCCCCUCCGCCUCAGAUGGGUCCCUCUGCUCAGACCAAUCCCCAGGGUCCAGAGGCAUCUUACCAACAUUCGCCACCAGUUAUCCUCCCCUCGGGGACACAAGAGACGCCUCCAGCCCAACCCCAGGAUACCAAUACCCAGAUUCAGGAUCCUCAGCCCAAGCCAUCCGAGGAUAAUGCAGCUACAAAAACAGAGGCUGCACCAGAUUCACCAGCUCCAAGCGAUAAAGCGGGAACCGGAACCACAAACCGACAAGUCCCCUCGACGCCCAAGCCGGAUACAUCACAUCAACACAACGAAUCACCGGCGAUAGCGACAAUUGCUUCGUCAACUCCCGGGCAAGCAACUGAAGGGCAAUCCGUUCACUCUGGGCAGCCCCCGCCCCAGCCCCAGCCGAGCAAUCCCGCCACCAGCCUUCCCCAUUCUACCCAAGGACAACCUCCGCCUUCAACCGUCCAUCCAUCACCCGGUUAUCACCAGGGAUCGGGUGGCGGCCCUGUGUAUCCGUACACCUAUGGGCAACACUCGCAACCACAACCCUCCGGCUACGCUAACCCUCCCGGCCCAAGUCCAGCGACACCAGCGCCAGGGGGUAUGAUCCAGCCGGUGGGAGGGCAGCCCCCUCAACAGUACCCAUACCCGGCCAACGUGCCUCAACAACACACCUGGAAUCCCGGAAGUCCACCUCCGCAACAAACAACCUGGGGGCCACCCGCAGCACCGGUUGCGGGUCAAGGACGGCCCGUUCAACCCACUUAUGCCCAGCAGCCAUGGGGUCAGCGGCAAUUCAGGAGUUGGGGCGCCGCCAUACCAUGGAUCUCCAGGCUAUGGGCCAGACCCAAACUAAUCCAACGCAACAAGCGAAUAGCCCUCCCGCAACCUCAGUAUGCAACGCCUCAACCGCCGACUCAAUACGGGAUGGCUCCACCCCCUCAACUGCAAGCGCCCGGACAACAACCCGCCCCUUGGACCACGCCCAACGCUGCCCCUUACUCAGCCCCAGUACCCAACCCAGCGGCAGCAAACUGGCAACAACAGCAACAACCACAACAACCCCCUCCACAAUGGCACACACCGGGCCCCCAGCAGCCGGCUUGGGGCCCACCACCCGGUCCAAUACAGCCGGUACCUUCUCCGUACCCCCAACCAAACAACACCUAUCCCCAACCCGCAGCCGCGUGGGAUCCCAACGCCCAGCAACCCCAACCGUGGCCCCAACCCCAGCAACCAUGGUCACAUCCCCAGUGA